GAGGGAGAGAGAGAGAGAGAGAGUGAGAGCGAGAGGGAGGUAGAGAAGGAGGCUGCAGACUUUCCGAGCAGAGGAGGAAAAGGGAGAGGAGGAAGAAGAGAUACUGUAGAGGAGUCUCCAUCUUCGCCAUUCCAAUCAUGACUCAGGAAGACGGCUUCUGAAUCCCAGUUUGGUAUAAAGACUCUUCAGCUACAGGACCAGUGCCACACCGAGCCCCGACAGAUGGAGGUGAAUGCGGUUAAAAAACGCCAUCGCACACGAUCCAAAGGAGUCAGAGCCACCGUGGAAGCAGUGACACAGGAGCUAUUCAGCUGUCCCACUCCAGGCUGUGAUGGCAGCGGUCACGUCAGCGGGAAGUACGCCAGACACCGCAGCGUCUAUGGCUGCCCACUGGCCAAGAAGAGGAAGGCUCUGGAAAAACAACCACUGGAGCCGGCUGCCAAGAGGAGGCCCUUCCUCACCUCCUGCACGGGGGAGGAGGAAGAGGAGGAGGAGGACGCCGGCGCUUACACCAUCUAUGAGAACGAAACCAUGGAAGAAGGAAAGGGGCAAGGGGAGGUAGUGGAGGAGGAUGACGAGGAGGAGAGAGAAGAAGACGAAGACGGUGAUGUGGAGGACGAGUUCUCGGAGGACAACGAGGAGCAGGGAGAGGAGGACGAGGAGGAGGAGGAAGAAGAAGAGGAUGUAGAGGUGGAGAAGACAGAUACCACAAUGGUAGGAAGGCAGGCAGAAGAGGAAGAGGAGGAUGAGGAGGAAGGGGUGUAUGAGGAGGAAGACGAAGUGGAAGAUGGGGAUGAUGAGGAGGAGCAGGAUGAUGAGGGAGAGGAGGACGAGGAAGAGGAAGAGGAGGAGCAGAAUCGUCACCGUGUAGAAAAUCACUACAAACUCAGUGGACAAUCGAAGCUCAUUCCAAUUCAGAAGGACGACAACAACAAUAAUAGCUGCACCAUCAGCGCCGGUAACGGCACCGGGGAGGAUUACGAGAACUACGACGAGCUGGUUGCCAAGUCGCUGCUCAACCUGGGCAAGAUCGCAGAGGACGCAGCCUACCAGGCCAUGACGGAGUCUGAGAUGAACAGCAACUCCUCCAACAGCGCCGGGGAGGAUGAAGACGAUGAUGAGUAUAGUAAUCACGGCGAUCGGAAGGGCGAACUGAGCGUGGACCUGGACAGCGACGUAGUCAGGGAGACGGUAGAUUCCCUGAAGCUCCUGGCGCAGGGACACGGCGCCAUGCUGCCCGAGGACGGCUACCCAGACGGCGCAAUGGCGGACGACAUUGGCCAUGCCAACGGGAGGCUCGGGGCGGGGGUUAGGGUUCAGGCGGACGAGAGCGAGGAGGAGGUGUGUCUCAGCAGUCUGGAGUGUCUGAGGAACCAAUGCUUCGAUCUGGCUCGGAAACUGAGCGAGACGCAGUCGUGUGAUCGCCCCGCCCUCCACGCUCUCCACCACCAACUCCAAAUCCCCACAGACCAUCAGGCGGUGCAUCACAUGAACAAGUACGACAGCUGCCAGCAGAGUGCACAGGAGGAGCACAGGUCACUGGAACGCAGCUACUCGGACAUGGUGAACCUGAUGAAGCUGGAGGAGCAGCUGAGCCCGGGGUCCAGAGGUUAUCCAACCAGCUGCAGCCAGGAGGGAGACGAAGACACCACGUCGGUGGCCUCCGACCGCUCGGACGAGACCUUUGACAUGGCCAAGGGAAACCUGUCGCUGCUGGAGAAGGCCAUCGCCCUGGAAUCGGAGCGGGCAAAGGUCAUGAGGGACCGUAUGGCCUCGGAGCACUCGUUGCCCCGCCGGGAUCACCACCAUCAUCGAGGCCACGGUGAGCAUACCUCGAGGCUGAGCUGCGCCGGCGAGGAGCGCAAGUCCAGGAUGCACCAUGACGGGUUAAAGAGGGCGUACUACCCUAAAGACUCUUCCAGGGGGGAGAAGAAGGAGAGCAAGUGUCCAACGCCGGGCUGUGACGGGACCGGCCACGUUACGGGUCUGUACCCGCACCACCGCAGCCUGUCCGGGUGUCCUCACAAAGACAGAGUCCCGCCUGAGAUCCUUGCCAUGUAUGAGAAUGUUUUAAAGUGCCCCACUCCCGGCUGCUCUGGACGGGGUCACAUCAAUAGCAACAGGAACUCGCACCGCAGUCUGUCUGGCUGUCCCAUCGCUGCUGCAGAGAAGAUGGCAAAGGUCCACGAGAAGAUCCUCCCGACGGACAGCGGCAGCAAGACCAACCAGACGUCAGACCGUGUUCUCAGGCCGAUGUGUUUCGUCAAGCAGCUGGAGAUCCCUCAGUACGGCUACAAAAACAACGUUCCCACCAGCACGCCGCGCUCCAACCUGGCCAAAGAGCUGGAAAAAUACUCCAAGACGAGUUACGACUACGGCGGCUACGACAGCCAGCAUGGCGGCUACGGGAAGAGAGGCCCGACAUCCAAGUCCCACCACGGGCGAGACACCUCCCCAAAGGGAUACGAUGCUAAGCGCUACUGUAAGACGUCGAGCCCGGCCAGCAGUACGACGAGCAGCUACGCUCCCAGCUCCAGCAGCAGCCUGAGCUGUGGAGUCGGAGGCGGCGGAGGAGGCGGAGGAGGAGGAGGAGGAGGAGGAGGAGGAGGAAGCAGCGCCAGCAGCACCUGCAGUAAAAGCAGCUUCGACUACACCCACGACAUGGAGGCGGCCCACAUGGCGGCCACAGCCAUCCUGAACCUGUCGACCAGGUGCAGGGAGCUCCCGCACGCUCUGGGAGGGAAACCCCAGGACCUGCUGACACAGAUCUCAGCAGUCAACUUGAGUCCGGUUGGCGACCUGGAAGACAGCGGUGCGGUGGAAGUGGCCGGUCAGCCCAGCGGUCCGGAGGACAGCGGGACGGUGUUAACCCCCCUGGAGCCGAUGUCGCCCCAGCGGCAGGCCCUGCUCAGCAGCCGCUGCUACCAGCUGAGCGAAGCAGACUGCUGGGACCUUCCCGUCAACUACACCAAGAUCAAACGGCUGGGGGACGAGCAGGACCACAAAGAGUCUUCUUAUUUCUCGUCCCUACACCAGAGCGACGAGUUGGAUCCCUUCCAGGAGCUGCUGGACGAGCAGCGCUACCCCUCCGAGGUCACCAUGCCCAGCCCCAAACACCACAAGUACCCGCCCUGCAAGGAGAGCAAGAAGGAGCUCAUCACGUUGUCAAGCUGCCAGCUGGCCGACAAGAACAUCCGCGGGGUGAUGACGCCCAACCCACAAGAACUCAGGUGUCCCACCCCCGGCUGCGAUGGAUCCGGACACAUCACUGGAAACUACGCCUCCCACAGGAGUCUGUCCGGUUGCCCACGAGCCAAAAAGAGCGGCAUCAAAAUCCUCCACAGCAAAGAGGACAAGGACGACCAGGAGCCAAUCAAGUGUCCUGUGCCGGGCUGUGACGGACAGGGACACGUGACGGGAAAAUACGCCUCCCACCGCAGCGCGUCAGGCUGCCCCCUGGCGGCGAAGAGGCAGAAGGACAGCUACGUCAACGGCUCGCAGUUUGUCUGGAAGUCUGGCAAGACAGACGGCAUGAGCUGCCCCACACCAGGUUGCGACGGCUCGGGACACGUCAGCGGGAGCUUCCUGACGCACCGGAGGUGGGCUCUCUCCGGUUGUCCCCGUGCCUCCUCGGCCAUGAAGAAAGCCAGGAUGAGCGGUGUGGAGAUGCUGACAAUCAAGCAAAGAGCAAGCAAAGGCAUCGAAAACGAUGAAGAAAUCAAACAGCUGGAUGAAGAAAUCAAAGAUCUGAACGAGUCCAACACUCAAGCGGAGUCCGACAUGAUAAAACUGAGGACACAAAUCACCACCAUGGAGACCAACCUGAAGUCCAUUGAAGAGGAGAACAAGGUGAUCGAGCAGCAGAACGACUCGCUGCUGCACGAGCUGGCCAACCUCAGCCAGUCGCUCAUCAACAGCUUAGCUAACAUCCAGCUUCCACACAUGAGACCGCUGCCACAGAAAGAGGCCCCAGUAAAGCAUAACUGCUGUUUACAGAUGCCUCCCAGAGAGCCAAUGAAUGAACAGAACUUUGACACUUAUGUGAGCACACUGACAGACAUGUACACUCACCAGGACCAGUACCAGAGCCCGGAGAACAAGGCGCUGCUGGAGAACAUCAAACAGGCAGUUCAGGGUAUCCAGGUCUAGCCCUGAUUGAGGCCAAAAUAACAAAUGCAAAGCAAAAACAACAACAACAAAAAAGUCAAAAAGAGGGGAAUGGGUUGUUUUUUGCUGCUGUAAUCUACAAUUCUUUUAAUUCUUCAGCUGUUAUGCUCUCAACUCUAUGGGUAUCUCUUUUUUUAUUGUUUAUUUGUCGUUGCCUUGCUUUGAAAAACAAUUACCAACGUUUAAAACGAACAUUCACGUUUUGUACAUUUUCAUAUGACCUAAUAUAAUGUGAUGUACUGUUUAUAGCUGCUAAUGUAUGCACAUUCUAGUGUAUAUGUAUGUAUUUAUUUAUUUAUUGUAAGCUUGAAUCAUUUCUUAUUUUAAAUGUGAGACAUCAAAAAAACUAGGCGUCACGGGUUUAACAGGGAGCAGAGCGGCGAGGGGGAAGCUGACGAGCAAUCAUUUUCGAAAGGCUUCUCUCACACGCUGUAAAGCUGGAGGUUGUUUAAUGGAUGUAAAUCAUUCAUUUUUGUGUUGUUGCAAAGUGGACACUUAUAUUACUGUAAAUCUUUAGCUAAAAUUACGAGAAGAACCAAUGCUAUAAGCAAGAAGAUUUCAAACAUCAUGACACGGAAACUUACUGGUGCAAAUCCCAUCAUCCCCUUCGGAGUUGUUGCAUUUCAAACUGUCCUGUUUCUGUCGCUUUUCUUUGUUCGUGCGGAGAAUGAAGCGGAAAGACCAAUGGCUACAGAAAACAUAGGAGACAAUCUGCCGUUCUGAAUUUCUUUUACUCAUCAACCUUGAACUAGCAAAUAGGACAACGUGUCAGCAAUAUUGGUAUGAUAAUAUUAAAUUGUUUGUUUAGAUAUGGGAUGCAAUCUAUAUGAAAAAAAUGUUUGGGUAUAUGCAAUUUCUUAUGAAUUAAACUAGCAAAGAGCUGAUAGAUCUUUUUACUAACUAAAUGUAUUGCGUUUUGUACAAACCUUUUACUAUAACCAUGUUUUAGGAAAUCUGACGCGGGUGAAAGGACUUUGGUUCUGUCAUGUUCGACUUUGCACAGGGACACCUUUGUUUCCAUGUUUUGAUGUUUUUAUUGUCGAUUAAGAGGCACUUGGCAGGCGAAAGGAUUUGUAGAUAUGAUUUUUCUUUCUAAAGGCUGACGGCUCCACUGGACUUACAGGGUCAAACGUCCCCAUCCAUCAUUGUAUAUUGCACUUGUUCUGUAGAAAAAGUCUUUCCAAUCAUGCAUCUUAUUGUGUGAGCCACAAUGGGACAUGAUGCCAGACAACAUGAUGACCAAGCAGCACUUUUUUUAUUAUAUUUGAUUGUUAUUGAAAAGAUGAAUAAAAAGUAGAGCCAGCAGUCGUAGCGCAGCGACUGAGUGUUUGAUCUGAAUCGGCCUUACGGUGACAUUUGGUGUGAAAUCACAGUACUGAUGGAAUACGUUUUCUGAAUACCGUCGAUCAUGCAUGCACUUUAUUGGAGUAUGUCAAAGUAUUAUCACGUGGUAAAUUAAGCAAAAACUGUACAGCAAGUUUGUGGAAACUGUGACUUUGACAAGACUGUGCUGGUGAUUCCUGUUUGAAAGCAACCUGGAACAAAUUUCACUUGGUGGAUUUGUUAAAGAAAAAAGAAAACUUCCCCUUCGGUACCCUUACGUUGUUAA